UUCUAAUUUAUUCACAUUUCUUACCACAUCAGGAAAAACACAGCGAAGUUUUUUUUUAACUCUAUAUGAAAGUGAAUUUGCCUUGCCUUAAGUGUUUCUAAAGGAACACUUAGCUAAUUACUCACCUGUACUUAACCCAUUGAAGGAGUUAUUUAUGACCGUAUCUCUAUUGUGGGCAAACAGACAAUUUAGUCAAGUUCAUAGACAUGCAAAUGUGACUUGUUCAAUUUGACCAAUCUGCUCGUAAUGGCCUAAUAAACAUACUAAGUAUUGAUUACAUGUCAGGUUUACAGAUGUUUACCUUUCAAAUGAUGUUUGUAGGAAAUGCUGGGUUAAUUUGAUGUUGGUUAUAGCAAUGGAGAAUGAGAUAUGGAGGUUCAGUGUGAUUUUAAUGAGCAGAGUGCUCUGUGAAGUUUCAUAGUUGGCUGAUCAGAGACGUUAGGCUGACACAUAGAGUGUGACUAGAUGAUUACUCUGAUAACAGUUGUAAAAGGACCCACUUGCAGCAUUGGCCACUCUGUGUGAAGUCCAAACACUGCUUUACUGCCCCAACAGUCCCCAUAUCUAAAAGUGAUUGUGAAGUUGUUAGAUUGGUCAUUAGUUUUACAAGCUUAACUCGAUGGACACAUUUAAAUGGACCUAGAGGGGACCACAGAAGGGUGUUGUGCCUGUGGGAGCCACAGAUAGCCCAUCCCAUCCCAGCCCAUCACAACAGAAGAUGACCAAGAGCAUGUCCUUGACAAAUCUCAACAAUAACCAGAAAGCCAGCGCUGGCCCUGUGGACCAAGAUGAUAUAUUGGCUCUCACUCAGCAAGUCAAGCUGUUCUCUGAUGGCCUGUCUCACCUCAAAACCGUCUUUACAGAUUUCUCAGGAUCUGGGGAGGAUCUUCGUAUCAUGUCCCACUCCCGACUCGGAGAGGUCCUUGCCAUUUUGAAGAAUAUUCUUCAUAAAUAUCCUGCACUGCAGUCCUCGGAACUAUUCUCAGCAUCUGCAGGUCUUAUCAGUAAAAUUAAAACCCAUGAUUAUGGUUUAUCCCCAGCCUCUUUAGCUGAUCAUAAUUUUUGUGAAGCAAUUGACCAACUGGCCCUGGCUUUCAGCAGCAGUGUGUCAGAAUAUUUGAUGGGGGACUUAGGGAGCAUAACCCUUACAAAAGAGGGGAAAGUGGACAAAACCAAGUCUUACGGAGACCUUUUGAAAUUAGAGAAGAAUGCUGGAUUGUGUGCUGCAGAUCCAGCCACUCAAGACACUAUGAAUCCCGAAGAGAUUGAUUCCAUUUUGCUAAGAUUGCAAGCUGGGGUGGACUUGGCCAUGCAAAGGGCUAAGGCGUGGUCCAAGUACAUGAAAGAGAUCACUACAUAUAUAGAGAAAAAGACACAACUAGAGGCUGAUUACACCAAGAAUGUCCUCAGACUAGCAAACAAUAUGCUCCCUGUCCUCUCGGAGGAGGGUUUUUUGCCUCUGCAGUCUGUGUUUUGUACAGCGAUCUCACAAGAUAUUGAGUAUGCCUCAACAUGUCAAGCCACACAGACACUCAUACAGUCCACCAAAUUUGUGGAGCCUCUGACCACAAGGAGGUCUGAACAUGACAAGAUGAGACGGUCUGUGAAGGACACAUGGGUCAAAGAAGUCAAGAAAAUGCAAGAGGCAGUGAACAGUUUAAGGAAGUCCCAGUCCAUGUACAUGAUGCGGAAGCAGGAGUACGAGAAGGCGCGGGAACAGUCCUCCAAGGUUGAGUCGGACAUGCUGGACAAGAGCAACAGCAGCAGUGUCCUCAGUAAGAUGGACAAGCGCAAAAAGCUGGAGGAGGAUGCCAUGCAUAAGGCAGCUGAAGCGGAGACAACAUACAAAGCCUGUGUGGCAGAAGCCAACUCCAAACAACAGGAACUGGCCAAAACUAAGGGGGAACUUUUAUCCAAGAUCAGAGAACAGAUUCUGUUGUGUGACCAAGUUAUAAAAUCAGUUACGGUGGAGUACUUUGAUCUCCUGCACACCCUGACGGCCCCGAUCUCUGUCCAGUACCAGUCCCUGUGUGAGGCCAGUCAGAAGUACCAGCCUGGCUCUCAGUUCGGCGCCUUUGUUCGCAGUGUCUCCAUGUCCCCCACCAACAUACCAAUGAAAGAGGAUGCCUUUGUGUUCGAACCAUUUAUUUCCUCAAGAGAGUCGCAGAGGAAAACAAGUGGUCAGUCGACUGGAUCAUCCAAUGAUCUCCAGUUACAGGAUGAAUCUCCACUCAUGGGUAGAAAUGACCGAUAUAGAGUGAAAGCAUGGGGGACAACUCUGGUGAGUGAGUCGGACAGUGGGAGUAGUCGCUCUGUGGAGUCCUCCCCCAGCAGUAGUCCCCACCAGAGUGGGCGGAAACCCUUCGUCAAAGCAGGCUCUCUUGAUGACCUGGAAGAAGCUGAGGGUGAAGCUGUUUUGUUAGGGUUACCCUCUACAGAAGUGGAUCUGCAAGCUUUACUGAAGAGGCAGAACAAGCGACGAAACACAACAUUUGGUGUAGAUUUCCAGGAGCAGGUGGAGAAAAGUAGAUCCGCCAUCCCUUCUAUUGUGACAAAAUGUCUGACAGAAAUAGAAAAACGGGGCAUCAUGAUCAAAGGUAUCUACAGAAUGUCAGGAGUGAAGAGUAAGGUGGAGUCCCUAUGUUCCAAGUUUGAAAAGGACCCAGACUCUGUGAACUUAGAUGAUGAGCACCCUAAUGUCAUAUCUAAUGUUCUGAAACUCUACCUUAGACAGCUGCCUGAACCUCUUCUUAGCUUUAAGCUGUAUUCCAGUUUUAUACAAGUUGCAAAGGAUAACAUGGGAAAUGUGUUGAAUGAAGAAGACACAGUGAACAAGCUUGGAGACCUAGCUUCACAACUUCCUUAUUCCAAUUUCAAAACAUGUGCAAUGCUAAUACAUCAUUUGUCCAGGAUUGCAUCAUACAGCAGUUCAAAUCAAAUGACGGCCAGUAACCUUGGUAUUGUGUUCGGACCGACACUUCUUAGGCCUUUAGAGGGAACAGGCAGCCUGGCUUCACUGGUUGACACGCCUCAUCAAACUCGGACUGUGGAGCUUUUGAUCAUUAAUGUCAAGGAGAUCUUUGGUCCCGAGACAGAGUAUGAGUUGAUACCUGGAGAGACGCCAGUGGAACAGUUGUCAGUGAACGGACAGAAUCGCCACGAGAAGGAAGCAGAUCUAGAAGGAACCAAAGAAAAAAGCACCAAAACUAGAUCUAGCACUGAGGAAGGGGACCUGUUGAAUUUCUCAGAUGAUGGCAAAUCCAAGCAGACUUCUGACAGGGACUAUGUUUUACCGGGUAGCACAGACAAGAAAAGCUCCUCACCCCCAGCUGUGUCCGAGGAUGAUAAUGCCGAUGUAGACUUCGACGAUGACUUCACGGAUUUAAAUCUUCCCGACGAAUCUUUCUCUUCCCAGCAUGCAAAUUCUGUUUCCUCAACAACUUGCAAAGGAAUAGAGCGCUUAGCCAGACAGUAUCGCCUUCAGAGCUUACCAAUCAAAGAGGAGAUUCAGAAAGUUACCCGGCCUAUCAUCAUGAAGCCAUGUCCCCCACAAGAUCUAGCCCUGAGUCCGGAGUCUGCUAAGAAAAUGCUGGUGCCCUCCAUUACUAUAGUAGAGAGCAGUCCUAUCACCGAGUCCCAGCCUCAGAUGUGUUACCCACUCAAGUCCUCAGACAAGUCCAAAUUCCGAACAAGUGCCCUUCAAAACCUCAAAUCCAUAGGGCCCUCCUUACAGUCUUUUGUCAUUGCCACUGCCAAAGGACUUAAAGCUAACUUUCCUUCAAGCACCAAAACAGACAAAUCCGAUUCAGUGAAAGAGAAGAAAUCAAAAACCUCUCCACCUUUACAACGCCAGUCUUCCUCCGACAGUUUGUCGCUGUCUUCCAUAAGAAACGUUCUCCAAAAAUCUCCCAAACUUCCCAGGCAGGCAUCCUUGUCAGAAAUUAAAGAAAAGCCACAUGUUUCAAAAGGAUUCAAAUCCCUAUCAGAUGAAAGCAAUGAUGUGUCAUUUGAAUCUGCCAAAAAUAUCUCUGUUGGAAACAAAAAUGAAAAUCAGAGAGGCAGUAGAAUUGUUAAAGAAAGAGGUGAUUCUGAAGUACUAACUCAAGAAGAGGAACAGGAACAGAUCCCUUCAGAUCAACAAGAUGAGAAUGAAAUUCCUACAGCAGAAAGUACUUCUACAGAAAAUACGAAAAAAAUGUCAGCUUCCUAUCCAACAGUCAGCAACACAGAAUUUCCCAUUCAGAAAAUGACUCCACCAAUAACAAGACAAACCAAAGUAUCCUUUGCUCUUCCUGAGGAUUCCGACUCCUCCUCAGUUUCCUCAGGAGUGUCCUCACUGACCAGUCCUUGGUCCUCACCACAGGUACAGAGGCCUGCUUUAAGUAGACAAAAACCAAUAGAGACUGAAAUCACAGUGAGUGAAGAAAUUACUGAAGAUCAAGAGAAAACAAUAAAGGAAUGUCAUUUGGUGUCACAAGAUGAUAUUGUUGGACAAAUGGAAGAAAAUUCUCCAAGUCGGGAUAAUGUAUCUUUAAGUACUGCAUCCUCUAAGGAAGAAGCUCCAUUGUCAUUCACAGACAGCCAACCAGUGUCAGUGUUGGAGCCCAAACUCAUAGUUGAGCUAAAAGACCAAUCAAAAUCCUGUUCUUCAGCUGAUGGUGAUCAAGCUGUCCAAGCAGAUGAAAUUAUUUCAGAAGAUUACCAUAGUGGAGUUGUUAAGAGUCUAAUUGAAUCAUCAAGUCAGAUUGCAACCUCUAUUGCCACAACCAAAGAAAUUGAAUUCCAGAAGUCAAGUAUUUCUUUUGAUCAAGAGGAGGAUAAAAGCAAAAACCAACUGAAACCCCCAGAAAACAAACCAAAAAGCCUGUCAUCCUCCUCCAGUGAAGGCGAUAUUGUCAAUAAUCUACUUUUAAGGGAUAAGGAUGGCAUUUCAGCAACAGAUAAAGACGAAUCAGUUAAAAAGGCAUCUUCUACAGAUUGUCUAAGUCCUGACUCAGGGGUUGAGGAAACCUCUCCUAAAUCCCCACAGGAGCCAUUCAAAUCCUCCAUCGGUUCGUCUGCCUUGCUUCUGUCAAGUUUAUCUCCUGUUCUUCCUCGAGGACACAACUACUACUCCCAUUCUCUGUCUUCCUUGAAUGCCAAUUCCAUUCUAGCUGGCAAUGUGCCAGUGAGACCAGGCAGAUCCAAUGUAGUGCGCAACACUGGAGUGCCAUACACGCCACUGAAUUCAUUUUCACAAAGUGUGCCAAAUCUAAGAGACUCUCAAAAGAGACAGACGUCAGCUCCCCCUUGCUUUCGACAAAGCUUACCAGAAACCAGUUUUAUGGAAGAGGAAGCAGAGAGCACUGGUGCUAGAAUCAUGAGUGCCAGUUUUGAAGGAAUACCUAGAACGGACACAGAUAGUGAAACUGAACUGAACAAAAAGUCACUGCAAAUUGGCAUCAAGUCGAAAGAAGGUCCCAGUAAAAUCUCUACCAAUCCUGCUGUAAGCAGAACUAAAACGGGUCCAAAAUUACAGUCUUCCAAACCAGCAAGAGACAGUCAAAGGCCUCCAAAAGGUCCUAGUGGAAUAGUCAUGGGAAAAGCCGCAAUUCAACCAAACAGAGGUGGACCUAGGUCUGCAGCAAGCACGCGCAAAACUGGACCAUCACAGGACCCAAAGAAACCAGCUGAAGCUACAGGUACAACUGAUGAAACAUGCAAAAAGAAAAAGACAUCUCCAUCAAGAAAGUCUCCUGGUGCCUUAGCUACAGCUGAGUCUCAUAACUACUCAUGUGCUACAUGUGGAAGACGAAGAUCAGCUGCUUCCAAACUACUGGAAGAAGCACAACAAAUGUCCGACAAAGAAAAGUGUGGUACAGAUCGGGAAAAACCUAGUAGUGAGAGGAGGCUGUCUGCGGGCAGUGGAAGAGGAAGAAGGAAUUCUCCAGAUGAUAGGAAAUCCAGCGAGACCAAAAACAAAACCCCAAAGUUAAACAAGGACAGGACUCCCAGAUUUGUCUGAUGCUAAUCUAAAACAUGUGGAAGAUUCAGUUGAAUAAUGUAAAGUAUUCUGAAGACAAGGAUGAUAAACUCUCUGUAUACAAUAACAAACUUUAUUUUCUAAUAUAGAAUUCAAGAAUUCUAGACUAACUAAAAAUUCUUAUAGUUGCCAUAUUUAGAAAGAAAAUCUCUUUACUGCGGGUCUGUGAUAUUUCAUUGGUGGUAACAACCUUACACAGUAGUGGUCACUUAAAUUGUCCCAAGAUGUCAGUGUUUUGUGCAAUAUGAUUGGCUGCUGCAUUCAGAGUCAAUAGGUCAUGCUGAUAUUGUGGUUGUUUUUAAUCACGCUGAAAUGUGUUUGUAACGUGAUUUAGAGUAUUUAUUGUAUCUGCUUGUGGUUUUAUAUUUUAUAUUGUUUCUAGGUUUAUACAUUUGAAUUAUGUAUGAGUUGUUUUUUUUUUUUUUGUGGUAUAGUGCAUCGUGUUCAUUCUGUAAGAUCAUUUGUAUAUAUUAAAUAUACAGUUGUUUUUUUUAGCUCUGUUGUGUGUUGUCUAUUUUUUGUCUACUGCUGUAACAUCUAGUCACUCUCUCAGGAAUCCUCAAAUAGUCCAUCAUUCAACGUCAGAGUUGCAAUAUUGUUGAUGACGCAAUUGAGCCACAUAGGUUUCACAUAUCACUUUUAAUGUUAAUUUCUUUUCUUGCCUGCGUUAAAGUUGUAGAUCUGUAAGUGUUGUUUGUGUGAGAAGUCCUAUCUGUACUCAACUAAUAUAUUGUAGAGAAUGUGCAUGUUUUCUAAAAAGAAUUUACAAGUUUUCCAAAAGAGUUUCAAAUUCUAUAAAAUUUUACUUGUUAUUGUCAGAAUGAAUCAUAUUUAUAAAUUUUCCUAUUUUAAGGCUAUUUUUUAAGUCUUUAUAAAUAUUUUUAGUUAUUUUUCAUAAUUGCAACAUGGUCUUGUAACAAUUGAAAUCACCCUAAGGACUUUGUAUCAUAAUAUUUUCACAAAAUAUGAAUUAAGAGGAAAUAAAUAAUAAUGAUUAUAUUAAUUAUCGUGAGGCAACCUUCUUUUUUUAUCUUUAGAACCAAUCCCUUUCACCCCCCCCCCAAAAAAAAAAGACUUACCAACUUGACACAUUGCAAUCCAUUGGACAUAUUCAUAAAUCUUAUGAUUGAUAUUGGUUCAUGAGAAAUUAUGACUUUAAGAUGUUUUGGCUUUGUUUUUGGCCACCCAAGUAAUUUUUUAUUGUAUAAUUUUAUUGUUAAAAAUUCACCAAGACUGAUUAUCAAUACAUGUAUUGGGGUGUUGGGAUGGGAGGGAUACAGAAGGUUGAAAUGAAAAAAAGGUUGUCUUAACAUGACUUUUUUUUAUUCUUAUGCAAUGCAUUAUAUUUUUAUUUCGAGAAGGAAAGGUCUCAUUUAAUUUUGAUUUGGUAUUUUAUAUUAAUACUCUUUUUUUUGUUUAACCGUAUUUUUUUUUCUUUCAAGAAUAUUCUCUUUCAAAAGGGAAGACUAUCUGUGGCCAUAAUGUUUUAACAAAUCUAUACAUAUUAUAAUCUGGUAUUGAAAACAAAAUAAUAGAAUACUAUUAAGCUGCAAUGCAUUUGAUAUGGUUUGCAUUGAUUUGAUUACAUGUAUUUUAAAGGAUCAUAAUCUCAGCCUCUCAUAUUGUGUAGAUUUAGUUACUGUUAGUUAUAACGGAAGUUUUCUUGAUGUAUUUAUCUUGAGUUAGAUACCAUCAGCAUAUCUCAAACUGUUUGGUAGUGCUUGUUUACUAGAAACUGAAGCAAUUCGUGAAGGAAUUGCACAUUUAUUAUAACUAAGAAUUGAUAAUAAAAUGUGAAAUCAA